AUGGACUCACACCCAAUAUUGAAGAAACUCAAGCCAACUCCACCUCAGGACUCUCAAAUAUAUCCAAAUUUUUCAAGUAUUUUGUCUCAGAAUUUUUAUAUUGAUAAUGAUAGAAAUGUCGGUUUCUUAUAUCGAGUGUGUGCAGCCCCUGAUUAUGGCAUCGUCCUUCCUUUUAUGCCCUUACCAUUUCCAUCCCACCUUCUUGAACCCUUAGUCUCCGCGUUUAAUACGAACAGUUCUUUGUUUGUUGAUAAUGGAUAUAACUUAAAGAUAUCAAAUAAGAGAUUUUUAUAUUUAAAAAAACAUUUUUUUGCAAAACAUUUUUAUAAAAUAUUUUGGACAUAUUGGGAUUAUAAGAGCACUGAAAUAAAAAAGUGAUAAAAACAGAAUAAUAUGCAUAUGCUAUUUAGAUUUAUUCGAAAAUAUAGGUAAAAUCAAUUUUUAAUUUUUAAGAAAUUAAGUAAAUUUGUUCUAACUCCCCAUCAUAAGAAUGAGCAAAACUAUUGAGAAAGUACAUAUUAUGAUUAUGGGAAACUUACUCCCUUUAAGAGUGAGCAAAAAAAUUUUUAACUUUUUAAUAAAAUAUUUAUAUAUAUAAUUAAUAAUUAUUAUAACAAAACAUAUAUUUCCAGAUAUCUUGCAUUCAAAUAUAAAUUUUAUAAAUUAAAGUAUAUUUUUUUAUAUUUAUAUAUUGCAAAUCAUGAAUGAAAAAAAUUGCUUAUAUAUAAUUUAAAUAUAAAUUUAAAAAAAAAAAUUUACCCACUUUAAGAGUGGGCAAAAUCUUGUAGGCUUUUAUAGGGGAAGUAAGGAGAAAAAAAUUGAAUACUUUAUUCGUUGUUGGAUAGAGGGUGUUAGGUAUGUGCCGCUUCAGCUUCAAUACCUUAUCUGAUAUUCAGAAUUUUCAGCAUGAAUUUUGGACAGACUUAAUAAGAACAUCAAAGAUCAGAGAAGAAAACAUAUCAAAUACAAACUACUUAAUAGUACCUUUGCUUAAAAAUUCAAUCGAUUGAGAAGUUAUAGACUUUCUCCUCAGCAAUAAAACUCCAAUCGAAAUCCGUAAACUUUCUCCAAGCCAAAGAAAAGAUAUUAUAGUAAAAUCUUUGACAGGUAAAAAUAUGACUUGGCAGAGCAUUUGCUGCUUUGAUGACAGCAUGCCUGCUGAGGAAUUUCUAUCAAAACUCCUUGGUAGUGACCAUCCUGACUUGCAAGCAUAUAAGGAUCAUUAUCAUACUUAUAGCGCUCUUGAUGUGCUUUUUGACGACAGAUUCAAUAUUGAAUCAGUUAAUGAAUUCAGAAAGCACUUUUUUUCUGGACUUAUUUAUCCGAUAUCAACUGACACCACUUUAAUUUUUGCAAAACAAACGAAAUCAGCAAGACAUUUAGAAAAUGGCAGCGAUUCAGAUAAGCCUAAGGUCUAUAAAAGUGGAACCCCAAUUCUACACUCAGAAAAUGUUGAGCUUUACCCUCUUAAAGCUUCAACUUGGUUUCAAUGCACCAGCUUGCUAAACUCUUUAGUAGAGCUAGAAGCUAUAUCAUAUAUUUUUGAGUUCGCUCAUCAUUUUAGGUAUGAAGGCUGCUUUAAAUACUUAAAAGAUGCGUGCACAAGUCCUUGUUUGGAUAAUGUAAACAAUUAUGAUUACUUAGAAAAUCUGGGAGACACUGUGCUUAAAGUAGUUUCAACCAUUCACAUUUUCUACCGUUAUCCUAAGUCAAAUGAAAAUCAACUUACAAAAGCCAGGUGCAGAAAAAUCAGCAACUGCUAUCUGAGUACUAUAGGACAGAAAAUCGAGCUGCAAAGAUAUCUUAAAACAAAUUCAUUAAAGUUUUCGAAAUUUAGACCACCUUAUUAUGCAUCGAAAAUACUUGAAUGUGAAAGCUGUGAGAUUGAGCAUAAAAUAAGUGAUAAAAUGAUUGCUGACUUCGUUGAAGCUUUAAUUGGAGCGUUUUACCUAGGAGUUGGUCUAAGAGAUGCUGCUGGAUUUAUUUAUGAAAUUGGGAUACUACCAAAUGAAGAAAUAUCGGGAGAAAUCAUGAAGCUUUUAAGCAAUGAUAAUUACAAUAUUUUGAAAGCCAGAAACAUCAACUAUUUCAGUGAAAAAGUAUUUAAGCUGCGUGAGUUGCUGCCAAUCCUAUAUGAUAAUUCAAUUAAAACAAUUAAUGGCCUAGAAGCAGCAAUACAGUACCUUUUCAAUAAUAAGGAUCUCUUGACUCAAGUGCUUACCCACAAAUCGAUCGACCCAGAAAUGAAUUAUGAGAGAUUAGAGUUUCUUGGGGAUGCCAUCAUAGAUUUCAUAGUUCUCUCAAAUAUUUUUGUUUUUGGGCAAUUUUCUGCUGAAGAACUAACUACAUUUAGGCACAUUUUGGUUGGAAAUUCAUUCUUAUCCCUUCUAUUGAGCAAAACUUAUUGAAAAACCAUUUUUAAGAAAAAUUAGCAAUCUAUUAGUAAAUAAAUUUUUUUGGUACAGAAUAUUUUGAUAUAUAUAUAUGAUUAACGAUGCUAUAAUUGAAUUCCAUCUAAUUCUAAUAAAUUUAGACAUCUUGUGUCGCAAAGUGCAAAUUUUAUUAUUCGAUUCUAAAAUAUAAUUUUUAUAAAAUUAAAAAAUUAAUCUUUGAGUAAAAAUUUCUUUUCUCAUUAGAGGGGAUUUAGGGAAAACUAGCUAUUUCAAUUGGCCUUGAUAAACAUAUCAAAGCCGCUCGGGAAUAUACAGAAGAAAUUGCAAGGUUUGCAGAAUGUUCUCGUUGGGACGACGAUCUAUUAGAUUUUGGUGUUCACACUGAUGACCCACCAAAAAUUUUAAAUGAUGUUUUUGAAGCAUUAGUUGGAGCUGUAUUUAUAGAUAGCGGAUCACUGAAUAUCACAUGUGAGGUAUUUGGGGAGCUUUUUUCACCAGCUAUCAUGUAUUUGGUGAAAAAUAAAGACAAAUGCAAAAAAAAUAUAUGCUCAAGGCUAAUAGAAUAUGGUCAGCAUCACGGAAUAAAGAUAGAGUUUGAAGAAAUUGUUGAUAAAGAUAAGAAUUCUCUUGGGAUCGGUGUAAUUGUGAAUGGUAAGCCAUAUCUUAAAAGGGAAGCAAAAACAUUGUGGCUUGCAAAGAAGACUGCUGCAAUUGAUGCAUAUAAUCAGCUUGCAAGAGGAGAGGAAGUUUCUAGUAAUGAGUCUAUCUAA